ACCUUCCAUAACCGGUUCGGUUUAAACUAUGCCGUAGCGAAUACGACCGUGACUCUCGUGGGUAGAUUAGAUCAAGGAACCGACAACAUUAGCGCACGCAGUAUUUCCUGGAUGGGAAGUCGUUUGAUCAAAGAUAGAUCUAGACUGACCUUCCCUGCCACGGUGGGCUGGAUAUAAAUGGCGAUUUACCCGGGGCAUAUAAAAAGCUCGGUUCUGCCAAUUUGAAGUGUUGUCUUGGAACUUCAUUCAACGGUAUCUUGAACUUGCCUACACAGCAAUUACGCCAGCACGAUGCUGAUCACCACAUUCCUCAUAUCGCUCCUGGCGUUCGCCGGACAGUCUUCCGCAGCGACAUGGUACUUCCUGCGGUACUACCCAGCGUCCGGACAGAAGUUCACGUCGUUCUCCGGGGAAAUGGCCAUCCCGUCUCUGCCCAAAGCCGGGGUCUACUACCUAUGGCCCGGUCUGCAGCCGACAGACAACAGCGGCGUCUACCAGAACGUGCUCGACGGGCGGAGCGGCACCUGGUGGAUCGGGUCCGGGUGGUGCUGUUCGAACCCCAGCCUGCCGUGGGGCAGCGGCUUCAACACUUACGCAAACGAGAAGGUCACGUUCAGCAACACGCUUGAUAGCAACGGCUCGGGCUGGACGUCGGUCUUGACGCGCCAGUCUACGGGACAGAAGGUGACGGAUAACUUUGCUUUGGCUAGUAAAUCGUUCAACCAGGUACUAUUUGCCAUCGAAUUGACCGACGUAAGCUGGGAUUUCGGCCCACUCGCCUUUACAAACGUUGUAAUUACAAGCACUGGGACAGAUUCGAGCUGGUGCAACAACAAACCGGAGAACUACAAUGGAGCAACUACGUACUCGAUCUCUGGCCUGAGUGCAAGUGUCAGUGGCAAUACGGUAACCUGCAAGAUCGCGUCGGUUAUUCUUCAAAAACCAGCUUAACUCAUAGGAAUGAUUCCCAUAGGGGGUAUCAAGUUUGUUUAUAUUCGUAGACUAGUUAGUUAGCUAGGAGGUUCUCCUAAGCGCAAAAGAAAUAUAG